CAGCACUCUCUGUCAUAUAUCACCUGAGAAGGAAGAAUGCUAGAGUUCAGUCCUAACAAAACUCAAAUGGCCCAAAAGGGAUGUUGCAUGUUGGUUUUUUUCUUCUGAUUUUUAACGCGAAAAAGAAAAUAUAGGAUCACUAUAAAAAUUCACCUUUCUCUUUUUUUUUUGUAUGGUUUAUUGGUUUUCUUGGUUUUUUCCCCCUUUUUUGAGCACAAAAUUUUAUAUCCCAAUACUAGUCUAGUCUAGAAACGAAAAGAGAUCUUGCAUGUCGGUUGUAUUCUGAUUGUUGACGUGAAAAACAGUUGGAAAAAUAUCAUGUAUAGGACGUUAUAAAAAUCCCUCAUUUCCUGGUUUCUUGAUUUUCCUGGAUUUUUUCAGGUGAAAUCUUUGCUCCUAAUACAACAGUAGAAACGAAAAGGGAUCCUGCAUGUCGGGUUUUUUUUUCCUGAUUUUUAACGUGAAAGGGAGGGGGGAAAUAGAAAUUUUAUUAAGCUGUAAAAAUCCCUUCUUUGGUGUGUAAGUCUCUUGACUUUCUUGAAUUUUGAGGUGAAAAUUUUCCCUCCUGAUACAAGAAUUUCUUCGUGGAAAAAAAAGUGUGGAAACUAUCAGAAAUAUCAAGCUAUAGAAAUCCCAUAUUUGAUUCUUGUUUUUUUCUGGUUGGCGUUUGAGGUGAAAGAAUUGAUAAGAUGGCUGGGAAUGAGUGGAUAAACGGGUAUUUGGAGGCAAUUUUGGAUAGUGGGGCAGCAGCUAUAGAUGAGAAUAAGGCCAUCAGCUCUGUGAACUUGAGAGAAGCGAGUCAUUUCAAUCCAACAAAGUACUUUGUUGAAGAAGUUGUUACAGGGGUGGAUGAGACUGAUCUUCACAGGACAUGGAUCAAAGUUGUUGCAACAAGGAAUACAAGGGAGAGGAGUUCAAGGCUGGAGAAUAUGUGUUGGCGCAUUUGGCAUCUCACCCGCAAAAAGAAGCAGUUGGAAUUGGAAGAUAUCCAACGCUUAGCAAAACGUAGGUGGGAACGAGAACAAGGACGCAAGGAUGUGACUGAAGAUAUGUCCGAAGAUUUGUCUGAAGGAGAAAAGGGGGAUGUGUUGGGAGAGGCAGUAUCGCUAGACAGCCCCAGGAAAAAGUUCCAAAGGAAUUUCUCCAACUUGGAAGUAUGGUCAGAGAAGAACAAGGAGAAAAAGCUUUAUGUUGUCCUGAUCAGUCUGCAUGGUUUGGUUCGUGGUGAUAAUAUGGAGCUUGGUAGGGACUCUGAUACUGGCGGCCAGAUUAAAUAUGUUGUUGAGCUUGCUAAGGCACUUGCUAAGAUGCCAGGUGUUUAUCGGGUUGAUCUGUUCACCAGGCAAAUCUCCUCUCCAGAAGUAGAUUGGAGCUAUGGGGAGCCCACAGAGAUGCUAAAUACUGGUCCCGAAGAUGGUGAUGGUGCUGAUUUGGGAGAAAGCUGUGGGGCUUAUAUUGUAAGGAUACCAUUUGGUCCUCGUGACAAGUACCUACGGAAAGAAUUACUGUGGCCUCAUCUUCAAGAGUUUGUAGACGGGGCGCUAGCUCACAUCCUUAAUAUGUCAAAAGUUUUAGGUGAACAAAUUGGAGGUGGACAUCCUGUUUGGCCUUAUGUAAUUCAUGGGCAUUAUGCAGAUGCAGGGGAUAGUGCUGCUCUUCUUUCGGGUGCUUUAAAUGUUCCGAUGGUUCUGACAGGGCACUCACUUGGUAGAAACAAGCUAGAACAACUUCUGAAACAAGGAAGGCAAUCAAAAGAGGACAUUAAUUCUACAUACAAAAUUAUGCGUAGGAUAGAAGCAGAAGAACUUUCACUUGAUGCUGCAGAACUUGUUAUUACAAGCACCAAGCAGGAGAUUGAUGAACAGUGGGGACUAUAUGAUGGAUUUGAUGUAAAGCUUGAGAAAGUUUUGAGGGCCCGUGCAAGAAGAGGGGUAAAUUGCCAUGGUCGCUACAUGCCAAGGAUGGCGGUUAUCCCUCCUGGGAUGGACUUCAGCAAUGUCAUAGCACAAGAAGACACAGCCGAAGUCGAUGGUGAACUUGUAGCACUAACCAAUGGUGAUGGUGCUUCACCUAAAGCACUCCCUCCAAUAUGGUCAGAAGUAAUGCGGUUUCUCACAAAUCCCCACAAGCCAAUGAUUCUAGCAUUGUCAAGACCAGAUCCAAAGAAAAAUAUUACGACACUUGUGAAAGCUUUUGGAGAAUGCCGCCCAUUACGGGAGCUAGCUAAUCUUACACUUAUAAUGGGAAACAGGGACGAUAUAGAUGAGAUGUCUGGAGGCAAUGCCAGUGUGCUCACAACAGUGCUGAAGUUGAUAGAUAAGUAUGACCUUUAUGGGCAAGUGGCAUUCCCAAAACAUCACAAGCAGGUUGAUGUCCCAGAGAUAUACCGUCUAGCUGCCAAAACAAAGGGGGUCUUCAUAAAUCCAGCUUUUAUCGAACCAUUCGGACUUACCUUGAUUGAGGCUGCAGCACAUGGGCUUCCAAUGGUCGCAACAAAGAAUGGUGGUCCAGUUGACAUACACCGGGCACUAAACAACGGUCUGCUCAUUGAUCCUCAUGAUCAGCAGUCAAUUGCGUCUGCAUUACUUAAACUUGUAUCUGAGAAGAACUUGUGGCAUGAGUGCAGAAAGAAUGGAUGGAAAAAUAUACACCUAUUUUCAUGGCCCGAACACUGUCGCACAUACUUAACAAGAGUAGCUGCAUGCCGAAUGAGACACCCACACUGGCAAACUGAUACUCCUACUGAUGAGUUUGAUCCACAGGAGUCCUUUAACGAUUCACUAAAAGAUGUGCAAGACAUGUCUCUCAGGCUUUCUGUUGAUGGGGAGAAAACAUCAUUAACUGAAUCACUUGAUAUGGCUGCAGUCAGUGAUGACCGGCAACUGCAAGACCAAGUCGAGAGGGUGCUGAGCAGAAUGAAGAGGCAAGAACCUGGUGCUCCUGAUUCUGAAGUUGACAGGAAACCAACUGAUAAUUCACCAAGCAAAUACCCAAUGCUUAGGAGGCGACGCCGAUUGAUUGUUGUAGCACUUGACUGCUACGACAGUAGAGGAAAUCCUGAAAAGAAAAUGAUACAGAUUGUACAAGAACUCUUUAAAGCCAUCAAGUUGGAUCCACAAAUUGCCAGAUUGACAGGAUUUGCUAUAUCCACUGCCAUGCCAAUCUCUGAGCUGAUGGAAUUCUUAAAAUCUGGAAAUGUAAAAGUUAAUGACUUUGAUGCUUUAAUUUGUAGCAGUGGCAGUGAAGUUUACUAUCCUGGUACAUAUAGUGAAGAAGAUGGGAAGAUUUGUCCAGACCCAGAUUAUGCAUCACAUAUUGAGUAUCGUUGGGGUUCUGAUGGUUUAAAGAAAACCAUCUGGAAACUGAUGAACACGUCAGAAGGUGGAGAAGCAAAAUCUAAUCGUAGUCCCAUUGAGGAAGACGUGAAAUCAAACAAUUCGCAUUGCAUAUCUUUCUUAAUCAAGGAUCUCAGUAGGGCCAAGAAAGUAGAUUAUAUGAGGCAAAAACUUAGGAUGCGGGGUCUUCGGUGCCAUGUGAUGUACUGCAGAAACUCUACAAGAAUGCAAGUUAUUCCUCUUCUUGCAUCUCGAUCUCAGGCUCUCAGAUAUCUGUUUGUCCGCUGGAGGUUGAAUGUUGCCAAUAUGUUUGUAAUUCUUGGUGAAACUGGAGACACUGAUUAUGAGGAACUGAUCGGUGGAACUCAUAAAACACUUGUCAUGAAGGGGGUCACAGAGAAAGGCUCUGAAGAGUUGCUCCGAACAGCAGGUAGUUACCUAAGAGAUGACAUGAUUCCAGGGGAAAGUCCAUUUCUGGCCCAUUUAAACGGGGAUGCAAGAGCAGAAGAAAUUGCCAACACACUAAGGCAGCUUUCAAAAGCUGGAAUGUGAUAACAUCUGAUGGGCACUUAAUCCUUCUGUUUGUUGUCAAGUAAGACUUCAUAUACAAACAGGAGCAUUAUGCAGUAAUUUAUUGUAUAGCUGUUGUCUCAAAAUAUUUUGCAAGAGAGGCACCACUUAUAGAAUUGUUCUAUAAAUGUUACUUUGGAGAAUUAUUUGCAACAAGGUCGUGAAACAAUAUGUUGUUUUGUUCAUAAUUCUUGUGCUCAAAUGAUAACAUAUGUCACGUUGUGGAAGUGCUGCUCAUGAGAUGUCCUAAAUUCUCUCAUAGCAUCUCUGCAAUUUUGUAAUUGACCCAAUUGCGCAAGCUAAAAUUAGCGCUGAAACAAGAAAGAACUCGUUGCCCAAGA